AGUAACUCGUGUCUAGGAAACACUUAGCAGAUAUAUAUAUUUCAGCCAUUUUGUCACGUCUACGUGUCACCAGUUAAUAAUAUAACGAAGGAAUAGCGAGUUAUUAAAGCAUUCAUUUAGAAUAAUUCGACUUUACAGAGUUUUGACUGGGUCCUAUUUACCAGCUCAUUCAAGAAAUGGGUGUCAGUCAGUCACGGUACUCAAACGAGUCGAGUGGUCCACGGCGACUACUAGAUGAUAUAAGAAGUGGAGAAACUCUCAACCAGUACAUAGAAAGAAUCGUUCAACCAGACACCGCCUAUUUGGAGAAAUGUAACAGGACUGUGGACAAACUUGUGCGCUUCCUACACGAGAAACUUACACCAGCACUACGAAGACUGUCUUCUCACCAACUCAGAAAUGUGAACGUGAAAGAAAUUUUAAAGAGUGGAUCUCUGGGUAAAUCAACCGCUGUAAGGAAUAAAUCAGACAUUGAUUUGAUACUAUUCCUGAAUGGAAUUGAAACCGUUGAGAACCUGCGUGACUUGAUGCCAACAAUCCUGAGAUGUCUGAGAGAGCUGCUUAAUGAACUCGUGAGAAGUCCAAAUUACCCAUGGGCGAGAUCCAUCAGGUACAAGAAAGACUCGAAGUUUGCCAUAUGCUGUAUAUUGACUACAACCGAUGAUUAUGGCAAUGAGGAUGAACGAGAAGUUGAUCUUUUGCCGGCUGUUGACAUCACACAUUCAGAGUCUUUACGUCGCAUUUACGACAAAAUGGAUUCCACUGACGAGGACUCGAGAAGAUAUUACUCCGCUUGCUUAUCUCGAAUGCAAAGAGAGUUCGUCCAAAACGCAACGGCCUCCGCGAAAGUGAAAGAUCUCAUCCGUCUUGUAAAAAUUUGGGCAAAGGACAGACAGGUUCCCAUCCGUUCCUACUUCGUCGAGUUACUCGUCAUUUACAACCAGCGCCGACAUCCAGCACAGGAUUUCGAGAUUCCUGAUCACGUGAAAGAGAUUCUGGUGUUGUUGAGUGAAUGUGAAAGCAUGAGGAUAGUGUUCACUGACAAGUACAAUCCCAGGAACUACAGAAACACCAUGAACAAAGACCAGCCAUAUCUUCUGUGUCCGGCUAACCCGUUCAUGAACACGGCGCCAAGUCCUGCAGAUGCCAGAAUUGUGGCUCGAAAGGCAAGGGAGGUGCUGCCCAUAUUUUCAUAAAUAAUAUCACACUGCCGAUUUAAUAAUAGUGAUGAUUAUCAGAUUUGACAUUUUAGUGAAGAAGAAAAUAAUUAAAUCGGUGUUUUUUCUUUAGAAAAAAAAGUUUUCUCAAGAUAAUUUUAUAAUUUUAGCUAUCUGGAUUUGUCGCUUCGGUGAAAUAAAGUCUUUGAUUUAAGUAA